GCAUGGCGAUGGAACGUGCAGUGUCAGAAUCAAAGCCAAUACCAGGGGACGUCCUUCAUGUCAUCGGUCAUGGCCCAGCAAUUCUUCUUGAGGCUGUGAUGAGUGGUUCGGACAUUGUCGCUUACAAGGUCCGAUAUCCGGAUGGCACGCAGGACAGCGUUGCUCCAGAAAAGGCCUUGAUUUGCGAGAAGAGGAAGGAUGACGGGCGAUCAGCUAGCCGACAAUCUGCAGGCAGUUGGUCUGCGCCCGAACCUGGCGAUCGAAAUGAACCGUUGAUGGAACGAGGCGUGUCCUCCUCCUCUCAACCUCGCCUGACCGCAAGCCCUGGCCGGGGACCGCGACAGCUGGAGUAUUUGGGCCGCGCAUUUGAUGAUGAAAGGCGCAAUAUCGCAACUCCUUCUGCGACCUUCUCAUUGGUUGCAACCAUGGUUGGUGGUGGAGUGCUGUCGCUUCCUUUUGCAAUGAGUCAGUGUGGCUUGGUCUUGGGCACUGCAUGCCUUUUACUCUCUGCAGUUGGGAGUGCGUGGACACUGUCCAUGUUGGUCGACUGCGCAAGAGCCACUGGCCGUGACAGCUUUGAACUGGUCGGCCAUGCUGCCUAUGGAGAAAUGAGCCGGAAGGCAACAAUUGCUCUCGUCUUCCUCAUCUGUUGGCUCACCAAGAUUGCAUACUUCGUCCUGCUGACGGAUCUGAUGGUGCCAGUGGCAGAACUCAUUGUGCCGAGUUUGCAUCAACAUGAUCCUGACACCAUUCGUCGCAUUGUGGUUUGCAUCGCAGCAUUGCUCCUAUCUCCAAUGUGCUACAAGAGCAAUCUCUCUGCUUUGAGCUUCAUGUGCUUCGCAAGUGUUGCCAGUGUGGUGGUGGUGGGCUGUGUGGUGGGAAUCCGUGCAUUUGAGUCCUUCGGAAAGGAACACCAGGUACAAGUGCAGAUGCCAGAUCAUACCAAUCGCGCUGUGGAGGUGACGCCAAGCUAUCAUCUGUGGCCAGAGGAUUGGGCAAAAGCCUUGUACGCCUUUCCCACUUUCGGUGUGUCGUUCUUGUGUCACUUCAAUGCACUACCAACUCAUCAAGAGCUCGCAAGACCUACUCGGCAUCGAAUGAGAAGAGUGAUCUUGGUGACAUUGACUUUGACCUCCAUGAUCUACCUCUUCGUGAGUAUUUGUGGGUACUUGUACACCGGCUGCUACACCUGCGGCAAUGUCCUGCUGAAUUUUUCACAAGAUGAUAGUCUCAUCACGGUUGCACGCACCGCUUUGAGUCUGGUGUUGAUGCUGAACUUUCCACUGAUUUGUCAACCGUGCCGCAACGCCUUGUUCCGGCUUCUCACUGGCUCUGGAUGUGUUAAAGUUUGCGCAGCAGCAAGUUCGGCUGCCGAGGGUGAAAAUGGGCAAGAGAACGGCUCUGGUUCUUUCAGCAUGGAAAUUGUGACCACCGAUGGCGUUGAAACACGCGCAGCUCCACGUGAAGCAACAACAGUUUCAGCUGACGCAGAUCAAAACCGGAGGCCAUCCUGGACACCGUCCUCUCCACCGCAAGCCUGUGUGCAUGUCUACCUACGCCAGGAUACCCGUGGUGGGCGGGGCGUUGCCAACGGCCGGAACUCGAGCGUGCAAGUCUUCGACACCUUCCUGCCCAAGGAAGAGGCGAUGCAACAGAGCUUCUUGGAGCCCAGCAAUAUGCAGCGCAUCGUGCUCACAACGCUUUUGUUGGGUACAGCCCUAGUAGUGAGCUGUGUGAUGAGGAGCAUCAUGGUUGUUUGGUCCGUGAUUGGCAGCACAGUCAGCUUCCUCAUUGCUUUCAUCAUGCCAGCCAUGUUCUGGUACAAGGUUGUGGGGCCAACUGUGAGACCCUGGCGGAAGCACUGUUCUUUGCUCCUGGUGCUGUUCUGUUCAGUGAUGUCCUGCAUUUGCUUUGUUCUGGCCUGCUUGAAUCUCAACGAGCCUCCUUGUCCAACCAAAGGAAUUUCACUUGUUCAAACUAGCUGACAUAGAGUCGUCGGAGACAGAUUUUCAAUAUUGUCAAUAUGUUCCUUUUGGCGCCUUUGAAUCAAGUGCUCCGAAGUGGACAGAGCCUUCAAAGAAGCGCCUUUUAGACUAAGACGUGGUGAGAGGUUCCCCGAAAACAUUCUUUUGGGACCUACACACUCCACAAAUCUUCACAAGUUAUCGUCAGACUCAGUACCUCCAAUGUUUGAUCUGAUCUUUCACAGAGCCCUUGAAGAAGGUGCGAUAAGUAGCACUAUGGCUUGCUGUGCGCUUUCAUGCACCUUUGUUGGCAAUGCCUUCAGUGCUUUCAGUGCCUUUGGAUUACUCUGCAGUGACUCCGGUGGUGUAUGUUUCC